UUUGUCCUCACAACACUCUCAUGUGAAAUCCCUCCCCCGAGUUCUGGAGCUUGCAAAGUCUAUGAUCUACCGGUAAUAGGUCGUACCUGAUGGAAUUUACUUCCGAUCCUUCACUAGUAACAAUAUUAGAAUCGCGCCUCCUUGCUUCCGGACCAUGGACCAACAGGGGUAGUGCUCUUCUAGAGAACCUGGGAUCGACGUUUCCGGUGAUGAGGACCUUUGGGCCCCGGGAGUGACGGAAGUUGGGGAUACUUAUAGUACUAUGCCUACUACUCUGUCUCCACCUCCGGUUCUUGGGAGAGCGCUAUUGAUGUCGCCACUUCGACGGCCAGUGUUCCCAACGGGCUAGGCCACUGAUAGGCCGGCCUGCAAAAUCCUAUCAGGCCUAGCAGAAGCCUACAGGCUUGCAAGUAGAAUUUUUAGAGCUGAUUAUUUUAAGAGUAGCUCGAUUCCUUACAACUUUCAUUAUGCUAUGUUAUUUUAUCUAUAUCCUCAGUUAUUGGUUAAAGUGUAAUAACUACGCCAUUACCGAUCCACAAACAGCCCAACAAAGUCCAGGCGGUCUACAUCCAGAUUCUCCAACGCAGUCCUAUCUCACAAUAUUUCCUUCCGAUUCAGUUUCUUCAGCAGGAAUUGUAUUAAAUCCAUUAGUGAAUGUGCCCGCUAUGGUUGACCCAGUCCUAUUCGGCCUCGGGGAUUUUCAUCAACCAUGAGCAAAUCCAUAUCACUACCCACACAUAGGAUCAGUGUCUAAUACUAUUAGGAUCUUACUGAUACUAGUUCUAUUCUAUUAAAACCGCCUCGUGGGAUUUGGGCAGGGGCUAUAUAGCUUACGGUUCUCACGGGACUAACUCGGGCUGGUUUAGUAGAACGAAAGGUGCGCCGAAUGGAAACCUAAGAUCUGAAGAGAUUGUAGGCCCGUAUUCAUAGGCUAGGCUCGGCUAGGCUAGGCUAUAUAGGUUGGGCCGGUCUAUCAGGUGGCAGGUACUUAGCCUAUACGGCCUAUAGCUGGGCCCGGCCAAGCCAGGCCCAGGUUUUUCGGGGCAUGCGGGCUCCGGCCGGGCAAAGUCCCCCAUAGUCGCGGUGGGCCGGGCCAGGCUUCGGUUCAGCCUGGCCUACAUGGCCCGUUGGGAACACUGUCGACAGCCAUGGACACGAGGGCCUGGACGGAUUGUGGGAGUACCGGGGCCGCCAGCACAUACGGUGCCAUCGACGGUACCGUUCUGCUUGCAAGGGACGGAUCGAAAUUAUACCCUUUAGAAGUUUCUGGGGCGAUAGCUAUAAUGUGUUCCCUCCUGGAAUCAUGCAUGAUUUUUGGGAAAUGGAUUUGCUGGUGAAGUAAUUUUAUAGGUUCCCACGAGCAAUCCACCACUCUCUUCCUCUGGUAGCCCCAGGAGGAUGGAGUAUAAUUCCACCUGAUCACAUGCCAUCGAGGGCGGAUUUAUCUGGUGUCGGAAGCCCGCACUGCUACCUCUUCCUCUCGGCCGGGAUCUGUUGUUGAUAUGACUCUAGCCGCCCUACUCAAAGAAUAGAAUAUAGAAUCAAUAUCUGCAGGCCCAUCUCUGUGAACAGCAGAUAUGUGCUUCCCCCAAUGACUAAAGACCCCUAUCCACGCUGCUGGAUAGGUGGUUAAGGAUGCUGUGGAAUGCACUGCUAGCGGGGGAACCACGGUGCCCCCCUCGCAUGGUAAGGUCUACAGUCCCGGUGGGUAGUAAGUAUAUCGGGUUUCAUCAUUAAGUAGGGAUUAACCUAAUCUUUAAAAUGGGGUAUAUUACCCGAUCCCGUUGCCGGUAGUGAGAUUAUUUAUUAUCGCUAUGGUAAGUUUCGUAUUCCAUACGCGUUGCGUGCAGCAUUUGUUCGAAUGCUGAUCCGGCUGCAGUGGACACUAAGACCAAUAUAUGGCGAUGGCCAGAAAAGAUCUUGUUAUACGCCUAUUAAUUGGGGCUUUGGGUGGCCUGUGGUU